CCAGGACUCCUCACUAUGGCAUCCUUCAAUGCCCACGAGAAGAAAUUAAUUGUUGAGCUGUGGGCCAAGGUCGAUGUGGCCCAAUGCGGUGCUGACGCCCUCAGCAGGAUGCUGAUUGUCUACCCCUGGAAGAGGAGGUAUUUUGAACAUUUUGGAAAAAUGUGCAAUGCCCACGACAUCCUGCACAAUUCAAAAGUCCAGGAACAUGGCAAGAAGGUGCUGGCCUCCUUUGGGGAAGCCGUGAAGCACCUGGACAACAUCAAGGGCCACUUCGCCAACCUGAGCAAGCUGCACUGCGAGAAGUUUCAUGUGGAUCCCGAGAACUUCAAGGUGAGCGGUGUGCAUGGCUUGCUUGCAGGCUGGGAUGGAUGGGCAUUCAUGAGAGAUCAUUCAGGGAGCUGGUAAUUAAUUAAGAAAUGC